AUGGAUCCCUGCUCUUUCUCCACCAUCUCUGGCUCACAAGAAACUGACUGCAGUUUGGUGUUCUUUGAUUUGGAGACCACAGGACUCGGGCGAACCUGUGACAUCAUCCAGCUGGCAGCGGUGAGUGGGGGCCACAGCUUCAAUCUCUACAUGGUUCCUCGCUGCAGGAUGCAGGGUGGGGCAUCUGCAGUCACUGGGUUUAGGGUCAGGAGACGCCGUCUGUACCUCCACCACCACCUUGUGACCACCACCACCCACCAGGAAGCCCUGACAUCUUUCCUCGCCUUCCUGCGCAUGCUAGUCCGUCCCCUGCUUGUCGGGCACAACAUCAAGAGAUUCGACUGUCCUGUGCUUGCUAGGGUCCUGGAUGAGUUCCAGCUGGGGGCAGAGUUUAGGCAGGUCACGUCUGGCUUCCUAGACACCCUCCCACUAGCCCGGGACCUGCUGAGAGGCAGUGGUUUGCAGAGCUACCGCCAGGAGAACCUGGUGAAGGCCAUCCUGGGCGUCUCGUAUCCAGCUCAUGAUGCUCUGGAGGACGUCAAAGCCCUGCAGAGGCUUUACAGUGCCCUCAUGCCAACUGUGGAACAAACCCUAAGACACAAGUUCACACUGUCAAACAUAACAGCCCUGGACUGCAAGCCACCCUCAGUCCAGAGGAGAGCACUGUGCAGACAGCCAGAAGAGCAUCCCCUUUGGGCUCAACCUCUACAAGUAGAUCAUUCCCUGACAGAGUAUGCAGGAGGUACUGGAGCACCUGCCAGAAUUCCUGACAACUGA